AUGUCAACUACUAAUAUAGUAUCAGUAAAUGAAGAUAAUCUAAUAGAUCGAUGUAUUUCAAUUUUAAAAAAUAAUGGUGUUAUUGCUGUACCAACAGAUACAAUUUAUGGUCUUGCUGCAUUAGUUAAUAGUGAACAAGCUGUUCAACGAAUAUAUGAAAUAAAAGGACGAUCAUUUACUAAACCAUUAGCAAUAGCUGUUGGUUAUGUUGAUGAUAUAUUUACUUGGGCAAAACCAACUUUAACGAAAGAACAAUUAGCUACUGGUGAUCUUCUUCCUGGUCCAGUAACACUUAUGUUUGAACGACAAUCAUCAUUACCAUCUUAUUUCAAUUCAAAUGUAACUAAUAUAGCUAUUCGUAUACCAAAUUGUCAAUUUAUGAUUGAAUUAGCACAACGUUUAAAUCAACCAAUUGCAUUAACUAGUGCGAAUAUUUCUAAUGAAUCAAGUUCACUUUGCAUUGAAGAAUUUAAAACAUUAUGGCCACAAGUCGAUUUAGUUAUUGAUGCUGGUCUAUUAGCAUCAAAUGAUCGACGUGGAUCAACUAUUGUUGAUCUAUCACAAAAUGGUUAUUUUCAUAUACAACGUGAAGGAAUUGAUUGUGAACGUAUUGUAAGAUAUUUAGAAGAACAUUGCCAUUUACAAAAACAACCUAUUGUUUUGUAA